ACAAACUAGAACACAUAUUUUGGAUAGUUUUAUAAACCGGAUAAAUUAAAUUAGCAAACUAACCCAUGCGCAUUUCACAGAUAUUACGAGCCAUGGCGCCCAUCGUAAAAACUUUCGAUUAUUUAGUGAUAGGUGGGGGGUCCGGGGGUCUUGCCAGUGCUAGAAGGGCUGCAGAAUUUGGCAAGAAAGUUGCUGUCAUCGAAGAGGCAAGAUGGGGAGGCACGUGUGUGAAUGUUGGAUGUGUACCUAAGAAGAUAAUGUUUAACACUGCCAUGCAUUCAGAGUUUAUACAUGAUCACAAACACUAUGGUUUUGAUGUGGAAGUAAAAGGAUUUAGCUGGCGAAAAGUGAAAGCUACCAGGGAUGCCUAUAUCAAAAGAUUGAAUGGAAUUUAUGAAUCAAAUCUAGAAAAGUCAAAGGUAGAGAAGAUAGUUGGUCAUGCAACAUUUACUGAUGAUGGUUAUGUCGAGGUAAAUGGAGAGAAAAUAUCAGCGGAACAUAUCAUGAUAGCUACUGGAGGAAAACCAAUGGUGCCUUCCAUACCUGGUGGACAGCAUGCUAUAACUAGUGAUGGUUUCUUUGAACUGGAAGACCUUCCAAAGAAGGUGGUUGUUGUUGGGGCAGGUUACAUUGCUGUAGAAUUGGCGGGAAUAUUUAACGCUCUAGGAUCAGAUACAUCUAUAUGUAUACGUUACGAUCAAGUGCUGCGAAAUUUUGAUGGCAUGAUUAGUCAUACGUUAACUUCGGAACUGGAGAACUCCGGAAUGAAAGUCUGCCGUAGAACACAGGUUACUAAAGUUACUAAGGAAUCUAAUGGCACUUUGACCCUUGACCUUAACACUGGAGAUCAGAUGAAGGACGUGAAUUGUUUGUUAUGGGCUAUUGGAAGAGUACCAAACACUAAUAAUUUAGGAUUAGAAAAAGUGGGAAUCAAAACAGACAGCAAGGAAAAUAUUGUCGUUGAUGAGUUCCAAAAUACCAAUUUACCAAAACGUUACGCAUUGGGCGAUGUUUGUGGCAAGGCUUUACUCACGCCAGUUGCCAUAGCAGCCGGUCGUAAGCUGGCACAUCGCCUGUUUGACAACAAACCAGAUUGGAAAUUAGAUUAUGAUAAUAUACCCACAGUUGUCUUCUCACAUCCACCUAUAGGAACUAUUGGACUGACUCAAGAGGAGGCAGAACAGAAAUAUGGAGCAGCUGAUAUCAAAAUUUACUCGUCAACAUUUGUUCCAAUGUACUACGCUAUGACAGAACAUAAAGUCAAAUGUAGCAUGAAAUUGAUUUGUUUGAAAUCCCAGAAUGAAAAGGUGAUAGGACUCCACAUGCUGGGACAAGGUUGUGAUGAAAUGUUACAAGGAUUUUCUGUGGCUAUCAAGAUGGGGGCAACAAAAGCCCAGUUUGAUGACGCUGUUGCUAUUCAUCCUACGUCAAGUGAAGAGCUUGUUACAAUGAGAUAGUCCUGUUUCCCGUGGUGUGUUGUUGUGGUUGCCAUAGCAAUAAAAAUUAUACAUGUGUAAUCAAACUAUCUGCUUAAGAAAAUCUACUUACUUAACUUAAGUGUUAGGUAUAUAAUAAUCAGACUUUUCUAUAAUUCUGUGAAAAUAUCUCAACUCUGUGAAUGCAAGAGUUUAUCUUUAAAAGCUUAGAGCUUUGUUUGUAUGAGUAUUGAAUUUUAUGGAAAAUGACAAAAUAUUAUAUCCAUGUAAAAUAAAACAUGUUUAUAAAAUUAAAAAUUUAACAAAUUGCAAGCUACUUUGCAUGAA